UUAGUUGCGGCGUGUGGGAUCUAGUUCCCUGACCAGGGAUCGAACCUGGGCUCCCUGCUUUGGGAGCAUGGAGUCGUGUCCACUGUGCCACCAGGGAAGUCGCCACCAGAUAGUAUUUCAUGUGCAUCUUCUUCCUUUUCAUCUGAACCUUCCCUCACUCAGAGCUGUUAUCCUCAAAUCAGCAUCUGAUCUUUCAGGGUCAUUUUUUUCUGACUCUUUUUUGACGCCAUUUUCUUCAAACUUUUUCAGAACAGUCCUCAGAUUCUCUUUCUUCCAUCUUCCUCAGACCCUUUCUGGGGCCGUCCUCCUCAGAUUCCUUCUCAGGGUCACCUCCAGACUUCUUUCAUAAUCUUUUCUGAGACUCUCCUUUUUAGGUUCCCUCGAGACCAUUCUCUUCAGACUUUUGGAACUGCCUUCUUCAGACUCUCUUGGGCCCUGUUCUUUUUCAGAAGCAUCGUCUUCAAAAUCUCUCCCGUCCUCUGUUCUGUCACAUGUGUUUGAUGUAAAGGUCCUUUAAAUGCCAUGUUUGUUGCAGCCCCUUGAGCCUUCUUCAUCCCAUAUGUGCUGGGACGCUCAGGAAAGCCCUCACAUACUGGACCCUGCGCUUUGAAGCAAAGAUGGGAUUUGAACACUGAAUGCCUCAGGACGCUGGAGAAAGCCUUCCGUUCUCCCGCGGUGUCCUCAGCCUGGUCGUCUGUGGUCCCAUCCCUGCUGGGACGGGUAGAUGACAGCCACCGAACCUCCUUCUCAUCGAGGGUUUGCAUCUAACCGUCAGCUUCCUCUGUGCUCCUUGGGACGCAGGUCCCAUCUGGUGUCUGUCCAAGGAAAGGAGCUUCCCAGUUGGCCCCCACUUGAACACGUUCCUCAGAGGUUUUCUCUUCCCCGUUUAGCACCAGCGGACCAUCCUCAGAACCCACACAAUGCAACGUCUUUGAUGGCGACUGUUCGCGCGUGGCCUGCUCAGGACGGUCCAGCUGCUUUUCUUGAGAGGCCGCUUCCUGGGGAGCUUGCGCCUCCCCUGAGCCUCGCCCUCCCCUUCAGUAUCAAAGUUCUAGCUUCUGAUUCCAUCUUCAUCCGAAAGUAUGCACGCAGGAGCCACAGAUUCCCUCUUGAGAUAACUGCAGAGCCAUCUCUGCUAAGAUCUCGCGGCAGUCGUGCCAGAUGAGAUAGAAAGUGCGUGGGUGCCCCCACGGUCGCGUCUGGAGGGAAACCAGUCACGCGUGACUUUGUAUUUCUGUCUUCACCCCGAAGCCUUCCUCUUUGUCGCCCCUCCUUCUGAGGCCGGUGGGUUUGGGGCUUUUCUCUGCAGAGGCUUCUCGGCGUUGCUGGCACCACUGCGUAUGUUCGCAGAGGCAGCCGGACGCGCCGUCGCUGAGAAGCCAGCUAGCCUGCCGCACGGAGGUGAGCGCUUCAGUGGCGCUGGGGACCCAGCCUUCUGUCCCGGGGCGUCAGCCGACCGCUGCCCGGAGGAGUAGUUUCUCGGCCGGGCUUCUCCCAGGCGUUGUCGCCCUGGGUGUUACCGUCACCUUCGGUGUCUGUUCAUAGCUGCUCAUCGCGCCCCCCGUUUGCCCAGGUCCUCGCUGCCCUUGUUUCCUCCCUGGCCCGGGAGCGGGGUCGGGCAAGCAAGGAGGUCACCGCCGGGGUCCGAGGUCUGCCGUCUGUGUCGUGUCGUCUCUUUGCCCAGCCUGUCAUCCGCGGGGUCCUUCCGCUUCCCAGCCUCCGUCACUGCCCCUCAUCUCAGUGAGUGGCAGCAACGGUCAUCGGAUGCUCGGGCCCGAGCCUGGGCCUCACCUUGACUCGCGUCCAGCCAAGCUCCACGCCUUGCUGAACUGCGUACGCGUCACGUACGCCCCACUUGCGCGGUGUUUGCAUCCCCACUUCCACCGUGCCGGUCCAAGGUGCCGCCUUUUCUUGUCUGGGUUGCUGCAGCAACCUCCCAAGUGACUUGCCCUCCUGCACUUCUGCCCGUUACAAACCAUUUUCUGCAGAGCGCUUCGAGGAACCUUCAACCAUGUGCGCGCACACCCUCACCACUCCAGGCUUACUGGUUCUGCCCGGGUCUCUCGUGCUCUUGGGAACGGCCAGCAUCCUUGGCUGGUCCGCGGCCCCGCCCCCGUGUCUCCGCAGCCGGCCGGGGACCCGCGCCCCUCCUGCUGCGGGGCCUCCGUGCAGGCCGCUCCCUCUCAGGUGUGCCCCACCCGUCGUCACCCUCUGCACCCACCUUUCACGUCACCUGGUUAAGGGGGCCUCCACCACCCCUUGGAUGGAGUCGGACGCCCUGUCCUGUGCCUGCCUUCCUCACGGCUUUAAAAACAUCUCCGUGGCGUUCUGUUUCUGCGGGAAACACACGAGGGCUUUCUCGCUGUCCCGUCUGUCUCCCUCCCCAGGCUGUUCGCUCCAGGAAAGUCGGGUCCGAGCAGCGCCCGUCCACGAGGUGCUCCCUAAACGUCCUAAAGCCCUGGCACCGUUUUUCUUAGGAGCACGGGGCCUUUUUACAUCCAGAAGUUCUCUUUGGCGAUGCGGGCGUAGGCUCCAGCGCCUAGUUUGGAUGGAGGUUGGGUUUAAAAAAAAGAGGGAAGAGACUUAUGUUGUUCAGUGGAAGGAAGGCGGCAGGAGUUUGGGAGCAGCUCCUGGAAGCCUGCAAGUUUGGGAGAGGGAAUGGGCACGGGUCUCCGGCGGGGCACAGCCCAGGGAACGGCAGCGGGAAGGGGGUGUAGGAAGGCGAGGGCACAGCAGCAGCUUGGGGGCGGGGGGUGACGAAGGAAGUGGGGGACAGCCCGCACCCCAGGUGGCCCUCCCUCUGCCGGGUGUGUGCUCAGGCUGUUUUGUUUUGCUCUUAAAGGAAGGUCAUCCUAGGCAAGGCCAGAGGCUGGGGAUCACGUGGGUCCCCGAGCACAGGGCCCCCCGCCUGCGACACUGUUAAGCAGCUCAGAGCUGUUGAGAGCAGCCUGGCAACAAGUAACAAGGGCUGUAAACGCAGGCGGCCUUUGCCUCGGCAAUUCCACGUACAGAAUGUGUGCUAAGGAAAUGCUACAUACAAGGUGAAAGUAGUUUUCUGAACUAAGUUUUAUUUCCUUAGCAAUGCUAAUCAUGAGUAAUACCAGCCGACAUAUACUGGGUGCUGAAUCCAUGCAUGUGUUAUCACCUCGUCUGACCCUCACCGUGCCCCCGUGAGCAAGCACUGUGGUGCCCCCAUGUUACACAUGCGGAAACUGGGGCAAAGUUAGGCUAAGACACUUGCCCGAGGUCACGGCUAGAGUGGGCCAGGUACGGGAUUUGAGCCCAGCGCAUCUGGUUCCUCCCUGGAAGCAACCGGCGAGCCUGGGAUCGGGUGGCGACAGAGCGCGUGGCCGCCCCCUGGGCUGAGGCGGCAGGUGUCCUGAACGGCCGUGUUUGCCUGACCCACGUCUGCUCAUGUUUCUUUUCAUGGCCACACUGGGUUUUCUUUCGGGAAACAUGCCCUGUCAACCAACCGUGUCGUAUCAUAGGGGGACGGCCCCUCAGUACCCAGGAGUGGCACUUGACACCCCUCACCAAGCAGCGUCCCUGCCCCAGAAAAUGAGGUUAAACUUGGGAAGGAGAAGACUUUUCUGGCUUCUGGACUUGGAGCUGUGACCUUGUAGGUUGGUCGGGGCCAUGAGGAGAGAGCGCCGUCCUGCAGGUGAAGCCACACUGAGGACAGGUCAUCCAAGCCACAGAAAGAGACGCCUCCCUAAGGACCUCCUUUGACACCUGGAUCCAUCCCUGCCUGAAGCUGGCAUGUCCGUCUUCAGUUCUCCAGUCAUGGGAGGCAGUACUUUGCCUUUUUUGCUCAAGUGGCUUUAUAGAAAUUGCAACUAGAGAAAUCCUAAAUUCAACAAGCGUAGUUAGUGUCUACAUGGAAAUAAGAAAUACUCCAGUGAAAACAGAUUAAUUUUGGAAUAUGGUUAUAAUAUAAAAACACACAGAGGUGUAUAAAGUUGGAACAAAUUGUAUAGUAAUAUAUCAAGUUAUUUUUCUCACCAAAUGGGUUAAGUAUGCGUAGUGAACAAAGGAAGAGGAGGACAGGGUGAGACCCUGCCGUGCGGAGACCUGAGGGCGGCUCAGGGCCCCCCGCCCAGUCCCACCUCUGCACCGACUGAGUGGCCUUGAACAAGCUGAUCAGCCUUCUUGGGCCUCAGUUUCCCCAUCUGUGAAAUCAGGGAGUCUGGCCUUCCUUAGUUUCCCCACUGGUUGUGUAAGAUUCCAGGAGCCCCUAGCCUUGCACAUUGUAAUCCUUUCCUUGAGGCCCCAGGAAGAGCUGUCUGGGGUCCCCAAGUCCUGGGGCCAAUUUCUUUUUU